AUGUCUCCUUCCAACGAUAAUACUAUGGCUCGUUUUCUGUUCGCCAUCCUGCAGCAGAAGUGCCUGAAGGAUAUUGAUUGGAACAAAGUCGCACGUAACCCCAUCCUCACCCAAGAAAUCACAAACGGUCACGCCGCUCGCAUGCGGUAUUCUCGCUUCAGACAAUCAAUCCUGGGCAUCGAGCCUCAGCGACGGAACCGCAACCCCAAGUCCAAAGUCACAAAACCUAAGAAAGACAAUAAGACCAAAAAGGAGAAGCAAGAAUCAAUCAAACCCGAGUCGAUCACAACACCCGAUGGUGCCUGCGAAACUUACAACGACACAUUGCUUCAGGCAAAGAACGAAGAGACAUUUGUCAAGCAGGAACCACAACCCAUCCGCCACGAUGGCCCCCUCACACCGGCCGACCUGCCUCCUGUCUCGAUGGCUGACACGCAGCUUCAAUUCCACAAGCGACUCAUGACCCCUAACAGCGACACCGACCUCUUCGCUCCAGCCCAUGGGUUCGCGACGAACCCAACGGCCGACAUACUCCAUCAAGAGACAACAUUCGACUACACAGGACCAGCCGUUGGUCACUGUUCCCACGAUCAAACCUCGUGGCAGCCCAGCCCAUCCUAUUCGCCCUUCGCCCUUCCAUCCUACGAAGUAGACAACUUCAGCGCUACAGCACAGUUCUGCGAACACCAGCACGUGUCUCAUUCGGAAGCGUUCGGCAUUGUCCCAAGCGCCAUGAUGACACCAGACACUACCCAUAUUCCGGUAAAACAUGAAGAAUGGGACACUCGCUUCCACUGAAGAGAAUCACCGGUCUAUGGCACUGGCGCGACAUCAUAUACAGUAGCUAUUGACGCUCGAUACAUACAGAUUGUUUGGGACUUGGUUGGGG